AUGAACGAGUUGGGAUCCGAUGAAGAAAAUAAUGAAAGAGUUGUGCGAAAACAACUUCGAGACAAAAGCAAUCCGCUAGCAUUAUCAAACAAUGCGUUUAUCCAAAGGUUUCGCUUAAGCAAAGAAGCAUUUAAUUAUGUUUUAAAUAACAUAAAUAUAAAUUGCCAAGACACAAAAGCUGUUCCGGCGGUGCUCCAACUGGCUGCGUGUCUCAGCCUACUCGCAAGUGGUGGCUAUCAGCAUGCAAUAGGCAAUGACUAUUUGAUAGGAAUGUGCCAGAGCACUGUCUCGAAAUUAACGGGCAAUGUUUUGGAAGAAAUUGAAGCCAAAUUGUGUCCUAAACAUAUUAAAUUUGAGCCAGAUGAUUUGAGAAGGUGCAAAGAGUGGUUUGUUGAGAACUAUCAAAUUCCAGGAGUGGUUGGAUGCAUUGAUGGCACCCACAUUGGACUACAAAAGCCCACGGUCAACGAGCAUAUGUAUUUCAACAGGAAGGGUUUUCAUAGCAUAAAUGCGAUGUUGAUUUGCGACCACACUACGAAAAUUCUCGCAAUAAACUGCCAAUAUGGGGGUGCAGCCCACGACUCAUUUAUAUGGAAGCAUUCAAACGAACGAAUGGUUAUGGAACAUCGUUUUUUGCACAAUAGGAGUGACAAUGCCUGGCUGCUAGGGGACUCUGGAUAUCCACUUGAGCCGUGGUGCAUAACACCGUACAGAAAUCCAUCGGACGGAUCAGGUGAAGCAAGGUUCAAUGAAAUUCAUUCCAAGGCACGGUGCACCAUUGAACGAACUAAUGGUGUACUGAAAGGUCGGUGGAGAAUCCUAGAAUACAACAAAAGAGGAAGAUAUGAUCCUAUAAAAGUGGCUAGGUUUGCGAAUGUGUGUGCAGCGCUUCACAACAUUUGUAUACAAUUUAAUGUGAGCUUUACAGCAACAAAUUCAGAGAGUCAAACCGCAUCUGACAUAGUGUCUGGAGAAGGCCAGUAUACUAGAAUCGGCCAAACAAUCAGAGAUCAAAUUAAAAUCUCGUUGAUGAACUCGACAUAA